GGUACGUGGGUGUAAAGAGCAGGUUGCGGUAGGAACUGUAUGUGAGGGAAGCAUAGGUGAGGGAAGCAAUGGGGUGCUGCACUACACCAGCAAUUUGUCUACCAAUCCUGCAUUAAUUAUCCUGUAAUCAGUCAAUUCAAGGCAGCUGGUUUAUUUAGCGAUAGCGAGUAGGAGCCUCAAAAAUGGGGAGAGAGGAGAGAGUGUGGGAAGUUCCCCCGCCCUGGCUUUGCUGUUAUUUGUUACAGGAUUUCGGCGGAGUGCCGCGAGUUGCAGAGGAGAGUUUGGAAGCAGAGGGCCGAGGAACACCGUCUUUGGGGAAAGCGAGAGUGGAGACGUGACGUCUCGUGGGGAUCCCUCGUUAAUCAGCUGACGGAAGGCUGACUCAGGACAACAUAAACCAGCCGCGACUACAGUGGAGCAGUAACCAGUGUGGACAUACACCUCCUUCUGCGCAGCUGCCAGGGAGGAGAGAAGUGUGGAGCUUUCCUCCCUCAACGAGCUAAGUGGCCCUUCCUUGCCCUGUUAGUUUAGAUUAAGCAAGACUGUGCAUAUUCUACAAGUGUGAAGCCCAGCUGCGACAGUGAGGGACCGGCACGCCUGCCAGCCAUACGUAGGAGGAGAGUGGACUGCUUAAGCCAAUGAAUUGGACUCUUUUACUCGUUUCACCUUUUCUACAUAUUUAUUAGCUAAUGUAUUAAAUAAAGAUUAUUGUUUUUCUACUUCUGCAUCCGUGUCUGUAUCUUGGGAAGGGGUGCUUCACAGCCAAAGGAUAUUGAUAAACUAACUGAAUAAUACAGUUUACCGCAUAAAGAUAAGAACUAAAACUGAACCUGUGACAUUUGGCGUAGUCGGCAGGAUCUUUUGAUCUGUUUUGAAGCACCCUUUGUCAGCCAUGCAGAACGGGGAAGAUGCAGAAGGGGGCCAUGAGCCACCAGUAGAGCAAGCUCAGCAAGGCAAUAUGAUUGGUAUGUCCCCCUAUUUCAUAGGCUCCCCAUGGGUGCCGAGAUUUAAAGGCGCAGAUUCUGGGUUAUCCUAUGGGGAAUGGAAGGCUCAAGUUAAGUUUAUGUUGUCCUCUAUGCCAUCCCGGUCAAAUGUUCAAAAGAGUGACUUUAUUAUUGGAGCCUUGGAUGGGGAGGCUAGAAGGGAAGUAGUUAUACUGGCAGCUGAACAGAGGUCUACACCAGCACUUAUUUUUAAAUAUCUCGAUGGACUUUAUGGUGAUAAUACACCCAUAGCGCACUUGCGUGGUAUGUUUUUUGAUUGCAGACAGCGUCCAGGGGAAUCAGUGCGGGCCUUCUCCCUCCGGUGUCGAGAGCUCUUCCAGCGGCUGAAAGACCGAGACCCUGAUGUCUUUGAGGCCGGGCAGGUGCUAAGAGAUCAAUUUACCAUGGGCCUACAGGAUACCGAACUUCGUAGAGAAUUGAACCGCAUGAUUCGUAGGAAUGAGGUAAACACAUUCGAACAGGCUCGUCAGGAAGCUCUUCACGUAGAAGGUGAUCGACAGAGCAACAUAUGGCAUCCCCCAACAUGUGCAGCAGUACGUGGAGGGGAACCACCUCGUACAGCUGAUCCUCAGAGUGAUUGGAAAAUAGAACUGAAGACCGAACUCCUAUCGGAAAUGCGCGUGCAGAUGAAGGAGAUGCAGAGAGCCCUGCGGGAAGAACUUCAAUCGUCCAGCAGCCAUUCCCGAGACCCUGCUUUGCAAACACGACGUUAUCCCCAAACCACCUCUGGUCGGACCAGGGAUCCCCAGGUAACCCACAGUAGGACACAACCAGAAGAACAGGCUGGGGGACAGGCGUGGACGUCCUAG